GUCAACCUCAUUAGUCAGCCCACCCAGUGUCAGUACAGCAGCAAGAUGUAUGUCACGUUUUCUGAUCGUGAGGAAACCGACUAACUGUGGCAUUUUCAUACAUUAACAAAGCCUCCAUCUAUGUGACGCCAACCUAGGCUGUGAAGUGAAACCAAAGAGUAAAUGCCCUGGAAAUAAAUAUUAGACUACCAGAAGACGAAUACUAUGGAGGACUCGGGUCGUGGAGCCAGUUACACUGUGCCCUGUGAUGACUAUGUUCAUGUUGUGGAGUUCAGCCCCUUUGAUAGUGGCUCUGCUGCGUCUCUUCUGGCCUAUGGGGGAAACCAGUAUGUGGUUGUAGGCAGUUGCCGCUUCCAGGAGGAGGAUGUGGAGGUUGAGGGGGUUGAAUUCACCAAACUGCGGGUAUUCCAUCAUGCGCUACGUGUGGAUUGCCUUGCAUGGAGCCCCGAGUCUCGGCUGGACAGGCUGCCCCAACUCAUUAGAUUCUGCACGGCGGCAGCAGACCGAAAUCUGAGGCUGUUGACUUCUGAUCUUCAGAAUAAACAUGAAGUGAAGGUGAUGGAAGGCCACAGCAACUACAUUAACCAGAUAGUGUUCGAACCCACGGAGGGGAAACAAAUCGCUUCAGUCAGUGACGACCACACAUGCAGGGUGUGGGACUUGGAGGGCAACGAGACCACUACAUUCAGACUACGCUCCCCUGGCGUCAGUGUGUGCUGGCAUCCAGAAGACAUCUUCAAGCUGAUGGUGGCUGAGAAGAAGGGGACGAUCCGCUUCUAUGACCUGGUUACCCAGCAGGCUAUUCUGUCUUUGGAAUGUGGGCAUUCGCCCCUCAUGUCUGCCGACUGGUGCCUGACCAACACCAUCAAAGUAGGCGCGGUGACGGGCAGUGACUGGGUCAUCUGGGAUAUUACCCGCUCCAGCUACCCGCAAGAGAAGAGGCCAGCCCACGUAGAACGAGCAGGACAUUUCAGGUGGUCUCGGGCCAAUGAGAAUCUGUUCUCCACAACGGGAUGUCCAGGCAAGAUCAACAGUCAGUUGCUCGUGCAUCACCUUGGUCACCCGCAGCCCGUGAUGAUUGGAUCAGCCGUGGUGGGGGCGGGUCUUAGCUGGCACCGGUCUCUCCCACUCUGUGUUAUUGGUGGUGACCGAAAGCUCUUGUUUUGGAUGACAGAAAUGUAAUGUAGGCCCUCCUUAUGGAGAGAUGGUAGUCAAAACAACUUCACUCAGAACUGUUUGACUGGAGGUGUGGUCCCAUAUAUCUAUUUUCAUAAUUUUUCAAUAAACUGUUGCAUUUCA